UUCUCUGCAAAUUCAGAAACAUGUCAGAACAAGAAAAUGGCUUGCGGGAAGAACCACAAUGGCUAGAGCUAAAGCUCCCACAUUUAUUAUAUAAUGAAACCGUUCGGGAACUCCACACAACAAUUCAAAAUGAGUGGGAUUCUCUCCGACAGUCAGCAUGCCAAACAGCAGCUGGGAGAGCUUUGUGGAGACAUGUGAUCCAUGACCCACUUGCAGACUUACUAGCAGGAGAGACACACCUCAGAAACUUUCAUGAGAAGAUAAAGAAUGACUGCCUCAAAAAUGCCCGAGAAAUUUCAGGAGUGCUUCUCGCUGUUCGAACCCUCUGGUUUGAUUCAAAACUUGAGGCUGCUCUCAAUUCCUUCAAUGGUGAAGCACAGGUUGUUCUCCUUGGUGCAGGAAUGGAUACAAGGGCAUACCGUCUAAGCUGCUUGAGGGAAAGCGAUGUCUUUGAAGUUGAUUUUCCUGAAGUCUUAGAAGUGAAAGCCACUCUUCUAGAUGCAGCAAUGGGAUCCAUAGAUGAACAUAAGCAUCCAAAAAUAACAGCAAAGUCCCUCAACAGAGUAGCAGCUGACAUCAGAAAUAAUGACUUGCUUGAAAAACUUCAGAUAUCAGGGUUUGUACCAGAGAAGAACACGGUCUGGAUCCUAGAAGGUAUCCUCUACUACCUUUCUCACUCCCACGCCACGCAAGUACUGAAGAUCAUAGCUGACAAGUGUGCCCUUGCCCACACAGUUCUCUUGGCCGAUUUCAUGAAUAAACCAUCCACCACUCUGCCCAAUUCCAUCUUCCACUUCUACUGUGAUUGGCCUGAUCAUCUGCUGCCAUCUCUAGGGUUUUCCCAUGUAAAGCUUUCACAGAUUGGUGACCCUGAUGCUCAUUUUGGGCUCUUGGACGAUCCACUAAAUCUGUUCAACAAGCUUCGCAGCUUGCCAAGAUCAAUGCAGACAUAUCCCGAUGAUGGAAAACCUUGUUGUCGCUUGUAUUUGGUACAGGCUUCAGGUGUUCCCACUCAACAGAAAGAGUCAUUUGAUCAUAUUGCAGAAAUCACAUGUUCCAACACCCAAAUAUAGUAUAAAUGUCUCUGUCAUUGUUUGUAGAAAUCACAGGAAUGCAAACUGCAUUAAAGCAGUGUUUAGUUCUCCAA